AUGAUAGAAGAAGUAUUGAAACACGUGGUGGACUACACAGACGAUCUAAUGAUGGAUUUGCUGAAAGACGAAAGCAGCUUAGCCGACGCCAUUGGCGAAAUGUGCAAGGUAUUCGCAGACAUAUUCACGAAUAAAAUUGGAAGGUCUCCAGAGAGUGUAAACAUUUUUAGAAAUUACUUUCUUACGCUAAUUAAGUCUCCGGAUAUUUUUAAUUUCAGCGGAGAGCAGAGAAACAACACGGUGGAAAUACUGUACAAUGAAUGCGUUAGAAACAAGGUGUGCAUUACGAGUCUGCUGGAUGAAACUGAGGUGUCAGAGGAGAUACUUGCGGUUCUUAUGAGCACGAUGUGCUGCCGCUCGGGAAACAAGAAGGCAAAAGAAAGAGAAAUAGAUGCACAGAAGAAUAUUUCCGCACACGAAAAGUUUUUAUCGCUGAAGAUAAGCCAGAAAGUCCUUAAAAAGCGAAGCAUAUGGGGGCUGGAGCCUGUGGAUGAUGCUGACAAGCUGAGCGCAUGGGUCUAUGCGCAGUGUGAGUUGAGCAGCCUGUUCAGGAAGCCAGACUAUCCGUACAUCCUUCGUCUGUGCCCGAUGUACUUCGAAGCGAUCCAGAUAAACAGCGUGUACACGCAGUAUCCAGAGUUUUUCAAAAAAACCCCAGCGGAAAUAGAGGCAUCAAGAGGGUCAAUGGGCAGGAUAAUAGAGACAACAUGCAACAAGCUUUUUGUGCUGAUGAAGAGCCUUAUCUUGAGCGACAAAACUAUUAAAAAAAACUUUAUUGAGUCUGUGUACACCAUAUACAAACAGAACAAAGAUAGAGAGAAAACAAAAUACAACCUGAAAACAGUGCUGUCAGACGAUAAGAUAUUUACCAUAUCGAAUAUGCUGAGCAAGUUCAUAGUGCCAAUAGUGGGCGAUGUAGAGAAGAUGAAAAAAAUACCGCUAGACCUUUUGCAGAACUGCAAGUAUCUUAAGAACAUAGAGUACACGGGAAUUAACGGGGCUUUGGAAGGUGGCAAAUCAAAGAACUUUGAAGAAGAGAGUUUUUUAUCCCAGGUAUUCUACGCUAAAAUUCUGUUUAAUCAGAUAUCGUAUAUACCGGUGUGCAUAAACUACAAUGAAUAUCAGACUGACAUAGCGAGGAGCAAUCGGGCUCUUUUGGUAGCACAGCCAGAAGAAAGAGAAAACUUGAAAAAAGUAAUUUCUGUGCUGCAGUCGGAGUUUGAGUACGUACAAACCCUUUUGUCAGUGCAGAAUAUAGUCAAAAUGGAAGAAACGGUGAUAAUGUAUACAGUCUCCUUUUUGAACUCAGCCAUAAACAGAGAGGACUUUUUCACGAUGCCUACAUUCAUACUGGAGAGCACUCUUCUUAUCCUGGAAAGACUGAUUCACGUGCAGCAGGCAUUUGGGAGACUAACCCCAACCGAGCUGAGAGUGGACGAAAUACACAAAAUAUACAGAUUGGCAUCGCUAGUUCUGAAACAAAAAGGGGUAAACAUAAACUACAAGCAAGAAGCCCUGCGUCUUCUAUCGGCGUAUGCAGAAAGUGCUCUGUACGUCCAGGGCACGGUUACCGCCAUUGUUGGAUACUGCAUAGAGCUCCAAUCAGAGAUAAGAAAUAUAACGGAAAAACUCGAGGAAAGAGGAAGAAUCGCAUCGACUCUGAAGAGCCUUCUUGUGGAUUACAAGGCAAAGCAGGAAAUGCUCAACAUACUUCAGCCAGCACACAUUUCAACAAAAAAAGACCAUAUGGACACAAAAACAGUUUUUCUGCUCCACAUGUCGUCUGCUCUGAUCGAUGCACAGGAAAGAGGAUUUGACGAGCUCAGAAAAAUAUCGCAAGCAGAGAAAACACUGGAAAGUGCUGCAGAAGAGGACCGAAUGGGAAUAGAGAGCUCAAUUGCUAAUAUGGUAGAAAUAUCCAACGGGUGCUUUUAUGUCGUGCAGGUGAUAGAAGAAAUACUCUUUAUCCUACUAGAACUGUGCCCAUCUGCCUUCUUUUCUUCUCUCGUGGUCAACAGAUUUGCGUCUAUGCUAAACGCAUCGAUAAUUUCCCUCGCAGGAUCAAAAGCAAAAGAGCUAAAAAUAAGGAAAAAAAACAGCAGCAGAUUCUCGCCUGUGGAGCACCUGAGGGCUCGGCUGAAGAUGUACAUUGAUCUGCGGAGUGCGAGCUUUGUGCGGGCUGUGGCGGAGGACAAUGGAAUGUUCAAGCCGCUUUUGUUUAAGAACGCAAUCGACAUAUGCGAGAGAAAAGGAUGUCUAACACAGAGCGAAAAAGCGUACUGUCUGCUAUUUAUCCAAACAGUGGAAAACCUGCAAAACCAAAAGAAAGAUAGCACUGAGGACAUCGAGUAUCCGGAGGAGUUUGUGGAUCCGCUCACUUAUGGAAUCAUGAAAGACCCGGUGAUUCUCAGGACCAGCAACACAAGGGUAGACAGAUCCACUGCUGCAAUGAUUUUGAUGAACGACCCUAUAGAUCCCUUUACGCGAAACAAACUAACGGAAGAGGACAUAGUCACCGACUUGGAGCUGAAAGAGAAGAUUGACCAGUUUUUAAUUAAAAUUCAGCUUGAAAAAUAA